GGGUUAGGCUCUGCUGCAUUCUUGGAGGCCAGGAAAACAAAUCCUGGCAUUAAGGAGCUGCAAGGACGAGCCUUGCAAAGCUCAGGAGCUCCUGCAAAGCUGAGCUCAGCCUGGGUUUUCACCUUGGCAGAGCUGCAGGAAUAAAUUUGAGCCUCGAAACUCUGAAAUGAGAGGAAUCCAGGACCAAACAACGGCGGUCACGUGCUGGUGAGAAAAGGCCUGGUGGUCCAGCCGGGGAUAUAAAAACCAUUCCUGACUCAGGGAGCUUCCAGCAGGUCCUGUUGGCUUCUCCUCGGUGAACUGAGUCCAGCCCAGCCGCAAGAUGUCCUGCGAGAAAACCGUGUGCGCCGAGCCCUGCCCCGACCCGCGGGCCGCCGCCUGCAACGAGCCCUGCGUGGUGGCCUGUCCCGACUCGCGGGUCAUCAUCUUCCCGCCACCCGUGGUCGUCACCUUCCCGGGGCCCAUCCUCACCACGUACCCGCAGGAGACCGUGGUGGGCUCCACCGAGUCGGCCGAGCUGGCCGGGGUGCUGGAGGCUGGCGUGCCCAUCGGGACAGGCCAGAAGGGCCUGGAGUGCCUGGAGACCUGCUGCGGGCCGCAGUUCGUGGCCAAGUGUGACCCCCCGUGUGUCACCCAGUGCGCCCCGCCCUGUGUGGCUCCGUGCGCUGUCCCGUGUGCCACCAAAUGUGCCCCGCCCUGUCCCCCGCCCUGUCCCCCGCCCUGUCCUCCGCCCUGUGCCCCGCCUGUCCCCCCCUUGUCCCCCACCCUGUCCCCCGCCUUGUGCCCCACCCUGUCCUCCACCCUGUCCCCCGCCUUGUCCCCCACCCUGUGCCACCAAGUGCGCCACCAAUGCGUGCCCGAGCGCUCCUACACCUUCUCCACCCGCUGGAAGCACCCGUGCCAGAGGGGCCUCUGCAAGAAGAUCUGA